ACGUACGGGCAAAUCAAAACACAAAUCCACCCUUUUACAAAAGAUUCUUACUUCAACAUCAGCCACAGGAAAUAAACACCAACAAUGGCAGAAUCACAAUGUCGUCAAAAUUUCCACCAAGAGAGCGAAGCUGGCAUCAACCGCCAGAUUAACUUGGAGCUGUAUGCCAGCUAUACCUACCAAUCCAUGUCCUUCUACUUCGAUCGUGAUGAUGUGGCUCUCCCUGGAUUCAGCAAGUACUUCAAGAAAGCUUCUGACGAGGAGCGAGAACACGCCGAGAGGCUGAUGAAGUACCAGAAUAAGAGAGGGGGACGCAUCGUCCUCCAGGACAUCAAGAAACCCGACCGUGAUGAGUGGGGUACUGGCCUGGAUGCCAUGCAGGUGGCGCUUCAGCUGGAGAAGACUGUGAACCAGUCUCUCCUUGACCUUCAUAAGGUCGCCGAUUCCCACGGAGAUCCACAGAUGACUGACUUCAUCGAGAGACAUUACCUGGAGGAGCAAGUGGACGCCAUCAAAGAGAUUUCUGACCACAUCACGCAGCUGAAGAGAGUCGGAAGUGGAUUGGGAGAGUAUGAAUACGACCGUCGUCUUGACUCCUAAAGGUCAAAGUUCAAAAGGACACUCAGUUAUACACCCUUUAAAAUUUGUUUGGACCUUUUCCAAGACGUAUAAGUGAAAAUUUGAGCAUUUUUAUUAGACACUGGGGAAAAAAAACGGAAAAAAAAGAUUAUGGGUGUACAAAAAAAUUGAUAAACAAAUAAAAAUUGCAAAAUGUUA